GCCCAUCUUUGGAUGCCUCGGGAGUCUGGAGACCACCCGUGCGCCAGGUCAGCUCGGUCUGGUCUGGCACAAGACGGCACGGCAGCCCGCCCCCAUCCCACAAGGGUCCGCACGCCACCGCCGCUGCUGCAGAAGGAGCCGUCCCCGAACCAGCUCGUCUCCCUCCCCCGCACGCGUGCUCUUCUGUCCUCUCGGAGGAAGGCGAGAUGUCGUACGCCUACCUCUUCAAGUACAUCAUCAUCGGCGACACAGGUGUCGGCAAGUCGUGCCUGUUGCUGCAGUUCACCGACAAGCGCUUCCAGCCCGUCCACGACCUCACCAUCGGCGUCGAGUUCGGGGCACGGAUGAUCACCAUCGACAACAAGCCCAUCAAGCUCCAGAUUUGGGACACGGCAGGCCAAGAGUCAUUCAGGUCUAUAACUAGAUCAUACUACAGAGGUGCUGCUGGCGCUCUUUUGGUUUAUGAUAUCACCAGGAGGGAGACUUUCAACCAUCUUGUGAGCUGGCUGGAAGAUGCGAGGCAACACGCCAAUGCUAACAUGACGAUAAUGCUGGUUGGGAACAAAUGUGAUCUGUCUCACAGACGUGCAGUGAGCUAUGAGGAAGGAGAGCAGUUCGCAAAGGAGCAUGGUCUGAUCUUUAUGGAGGCAUCUGCAAAAACCGCACAGAACGUUGAGGAGGUGAUGCUUGAUUCUUGGAGUGUCUAUUUGCUGUUAAGAAUAUUUCAAAUUUUGAUCAUGCCAUUUGAAAUGCAGGCAUUUGUCAAGACUGCUGGAGCAAUCUACAAGAAAAUCCAAGAUGGUGUCUUUGAUGUAUCUAAUGAGUCUUAUGGAAUCAAAGUUGGAUACGCAGUCCCUGGCCAAUCUGGAGGUGCUGGUGCCUCGUCUUCUCAAGGUGGUGGCUGCUGCAGCUAAUGCGAUGUGGUUCCGAGUGGAAAAUAGUUGCUCCAGAGUGCUUUGUUAUUUCACGCACCUAUGGAUUCUGUUCCUGAACGACUAAAAAGAUUCAGUUGAUUUAUGUCAAGCGUUCAUACAGUUCAGUCUCUGUAAUUUACUAGACUCUUGCUUUUUCCAAUCGUUUAGCAUCCACUCAUAUGUGUAAAUUAAAUAACACGAUGCAUGGUUUAGUCUGAUGCUCAUGUCGGUCCUUGUAUCCUUGGCUCGUUGCCAUGUAAGUUGUUAAGAUACCAUAUUCGGCAAAUAAGCAUCAGGUAUAUUGGCUA